AUUGCAUUAACCUCACCGAGGAAGACUUAGCAUGGUUCAAGUUGUCUGCUUCGUGUCUUAUCACUGUCUGGGAGGGACAUGUGUGGCUAGCAAUUGGCUAACUAACUGACCAGCUAGCUGCCUUAAAUACAGUUAACGGUAGCUAACUACUGUAUUUUGAUAAGCUAACGUUAGUCGUUGGUAGCUAUCCAUAUCAAACCAACUGACAGCGGAAACGUUAGCUAGCUCUUGGCCAUAUACAGCAUCCAUUCAGUGGGAGCGCCGCUUAGUGUUUCCAUGGCCGUCGGCUGAUGGGCGAAGCGAUGCGGCACCACUGGCUGCUCCUUGGGGCUUGCGGCUGGGUGCUGCUCAUCCUGAUGUUUGUUAGCAAGUUCAUCAGCUUCAGAGCUGUAGAUGACUAUGGAGAGAGGGUUGGUGGUCAGAGUUGGACAGUGCCGGGCACCAAGGUGGUUAAACCCAUUCCUGUUUCCAGCCCAGAGAAACCAGUUCCAAAGCCAUCCGAUCAGCCCUCAGCUGUACCUACAGUGGCAGAUUGGCAGUCAGUCUCCGAGAGGCGAACCGAGUUACUCUCAACUGUAUGUAAGAACAGCAGCCUCAGGAAUUUGACUCACGUCUCCAUCAGCAAGUUUGUCCUGGACCGCAUCUUUGUCUGCGACAAACACAAGAUCUUGUUCUGCCAGACGCCUAAAGUGGGCAACACACAAUGGAAGAAGGUCCUCAUUGUGCUCAAUGGAGCAUUCUCCACUGUGGAGGAGAUCCCAGAAAACCUUGUUCAUGACCAUGAGAAGAACGGCCUGCCCCGUCUCUCAUCACUUACGCCACAGGAAAUUACUCACAGAUUAAACACUUACUUUAAGUUUUUCAUCGUGAGAGAUCCCUUCGAGCGCCUUAUUUCUGCAUUCAAGGACAAGUUUGUGAAGAACCCACGCUUUGAGCCUUGGUACAAGCAUGACAUCGCUCCAGCCAUCAUCCGUAAGUACCGCAAGAGCCACCGUGACAGCGACCUUGUCGCCUCUGGCCUGCAUUUUGAGGACUUUGUCCGUUACUUGGGUGAUUUGGAAGGCCGUCACCGCAUGGACCGGCAGUUCGGUGAGCACAUUAUUCACUGGGUGACUUAUGCAGACUUGUGCGCACCAUGCGAAAUACACUACAGCGUGGUGGGCCACCACGAAACACUGGAGCAAGACGCCCCGUACAUCCUCAAAGCAGCAGGCAUCGACCAGCUGGUGUCCUACCCAGCUAUUCCUCCAGGCAUCACCCGCUACAACAGGACCAAGGUGGAGCACUACUUCUCAGGCAUCAGCAAGCGGGACAUCAGGCGUCUCUAUGCACGUUACCAGGGUGACUUCCACCUAUUUGGUUACCCGAGCCCAGACUUUCUACUGAACUAAAAUGAUUAAUACUGACUAAAAGACAUGUUUUCAUGUAAAAUCCUCUCAACAUCUUUGGUUUACAGAGACAGGUGUAUCGUAACUGACUGUGUGCCACAUUGCACACUGUAAUGUCUUUGUUCUGAUUUUAGCCACUUGUGUUGGAAUAACUGGACAGGUUGUUGCUAUGUUGGCUGUAUUUGAAAUGAUUGAAAAGUGCUGCCUAAUAUUCAUAUAUUUAAUAGCUUUGUUUUAUGGAGAGAGGAGCUGUCGGGAAACCUGUAGUGUGAAGAGAGAAAGACAGUGUUGCUGCAAAAGGUGGGAUGUGAGUACAGGCAACACAGUCACAUAAUGAGAUUCAGCAGUGAUAAACGCUGCAGAAUUUAUCAUUUUGUGUGGGGAGAGUCAAUAUAAAGAUCAAAUACAGGUACAGAAAAAGUGGAGAACACAUUUGCAAUCUUAUAUUUAAUGUUCAUGACUGAAUUAUCCUUGUAUGUCAAAGAGGUGUACUCUGUAAUGCCUGGGAUAUAGGCCCGUUACCCUGUAAUGUAGCUAUUAUACUGCACUGUGUGGAUCACCAGUUUCAAUGAUUCAUCCUGUCGAGGAAAGAUAUGGACAGUGCUAUGCGUUUUGACAUGUUGUGUCUUUUCUGUACCUAUUGCUAUCAUGCUAGACGUAGGCGAAGACAGUCUGUAUCAGGGAUGCUAACAUAUUUGGACAGGGAGGGUGAAUGGCAAAAAUAUAAUACCAACUGAUUGGACAUUGAUAUUUUUAUUGAUGUUUUUCUACAAAUCAGCGUUAAGUCUUUAACAUUUUUUUACCAUUGAUUUUUGCUUUAUGCAAGGUAUAUCAAUGUCUUAUAAGACAGUAAAUUACUCUUCAGAUACCAAGAAAUAGCAUCAAAAUGGUCAAAAAAUUAACUUUCACACAGAAAUGAAGACCUUAGUCCUGCACUGACCUAUAAUGUAGCCAUUGUUCUAGUCAAAUUCUAAUUCAAUUCUAAUCAAAUUGCUUUUGACUCCAUUUAUUCAGCUGUUAACUGCACUGGGACAUUGAAGGAAAUUGGCACUGGAUUUUAAAGGAUCAUUUUUCUAUAGGAAAUGUUCUGUGUAAAUGUUCUUAACAUGACUUGCAACUCAACAUUUGUAUUACAUGUUGCUAUUUAUAUUAUUAUUAACCUGCUGACUGGUGGCACAAACAGUGUCGUCUCACUUGUAAGACAGUACUGCCUCUCUACAGCCACCUGGUGACCUUUUGGACAGGUGGUCAUAAUACAAGGACAACACUAGUUAGUAAUAAAGUUCCAUGUGAAAUAACAUAA